UCUUAAAGUAAGCAGCUUUCUGAUUGAGAUCUGAUACAUAUAAAUUUCGGCUUAUGAGUUAAAGGAACUAGAUUUAACUUACAUCUUCAAUUAUGAACAAGUGUGCUUUUCUUUUGUUUCUGGGUGUUGCAGCAAUGGUGACUAGAGUAUCGGUACAGACAUCAUUAAGGCCUUGUCAACAACAAUCAGAUUGCAAUAUUAAGGAGGAAUGUUGCGUUAAUCGUAAAAAUGAACUUUACUGCCAGAAAAGGCGACAACUUGGGGAAUCUUGUUCUAAGGACCUACCUCGAUUUAAUGGUAUAUAUAAUCGAGUAUGCCCUUGCAACGAUGGAUUGGAAUGUCGAAAACGAACUGAGACAGGAAAUUUGCCGAAAUGUUCCCGUAAAGAGAAUCUUAGUAAUAUAUAAAACUGUUAAUUGACCGUAACUGUAACUGUUAACUGUAACUUUGGCAAAUUAAACUGUUGUUGACUAUUCUAUUGCCAUGAUUUUUAAAUUAAAUUGCAUGUAAUGGAUUUGCAACGAUGUAAGCUGGAAUUUUAAGUGGAAACCUUUUUGUAUUUUUAAAUGAAAAAUAUUAUUUAAUGCUAUUCAUGUCCGGGAAAAUUGCAUAAUUGUUAUUUAGAUUAUGUUUUUCAAAGUUGAUCAUUACUGAUUCAUAGAAGAAACCUGAAUUGUAAUAUUAAAGAAAAUAGUAUUUGACAUUAUCAAGUAUUGUAAAAUUUAAAUGCUAAUAAAUAUUGUUUUACUCUG